AUGAGAACCAUCGGUGAUGAGCACAAGCCCACCGACCGGGCCGAUUUGCCAGCAGGGCUGUCCGAAAACUCGUCUGAGCCAGACCUAAUUGACUGGCAUGGGCUUGAUGACCCCGAGAAUCCAUACAACUGGCCCCUGCGGAAGAAAUGGACCAACAGUGCGGUGGGCUAUCUGGCCACCUUCACGACGAUCAUGAAUGGCACUCUGAUUACAGUUGCCCACGAAGCUAUCAAUGAAGAAUUUCACAUCAGCGACGCCCGAUUUCCGAACUCGUACUGGCCUGUGACCAGCUGGGCACUCGGUGGCGCUCUAUCAUCCUUGAUCGUGCUGCCGGUCAUGGAAGAUUUUGGCAUCCGCUCAGGCUUCUUAGGCACGUAUAUCGUCUUCAUGUGCUUCAUCAUACCACAAGCACUGGCGCAGAAUUUCGCAACAUUGAUUAUUACUCGAUUCUUCUCUGGUGGCUGUGUCUCAGUGCUCGCCAACACAGCAGCUAGCUUGGUUAGCAACGUCUGGGAAGGCGACCGUGCUCGCACCGUUCCGCUCAGUCUUUUUGUAACGGUUUUCCUUGCCGGAAGCAGUGCUGGACCAGUCAUUGGUGGCGUCAUCUAUGAAUACCUAUCCUGGCGCUGGAUUUCGUACAUGCAGCUCAUUUGGUACGGCGCUCUUUUUCCUGUUUACUGGAUCUGGUUUCAGGAGAGUCGGGGCACCAAGAUCCUCCAGAACCGUGCGGAGAUGCUACGAAAGGCCGGCAAGCAAGUGUUCACGGCAUCGGAGGUCAAUCAUACGACGUUGCUACAGAAGCUCGGUCACAGCAUCAAGCGCCCCUUGAGAAUGUUGUUCACGGAACCCGUUCUUUUCGUCUUUACGCUCUGGUCCUCCUUCAUGAUAGGCACUGUCUAUGUAUUCACCCAGUCGGUCGAACAGGUCUUUGCGGGCCUAUACGGAUGGACUCCUUCUCAAGCUGGGUACGUGCAGGCCGCCAUCGCCAUCGGUGAAUGUGUGGGUUGGACAGGCGCCCUCGUUUCGGCAAGAUUGUACUUUGCCUCGGCCUCGCGAAAUCUGGAAGCCCCUGGCACACCGGUGCCGGAAGCCCGACUGUACAUGAGCUUGGUGGGUGGGUUUGUGGGUGUAUCUGGAGGCAUGUUCGUGUAUGGAUGGACCUCCUAUCCCUUUCUGCCCUGGAUCGCUCCGACAAUUGGCCUCUUCAUGGUUGGCGCGGGAAUCAACGUUGUCGUGAUUGCCAUUGCCGACUACGUGGUCGAUGCCUACAGCAAAUAUGCUGGCAGUGCUAUCGCCGCCGUGGUCUUGGGAGAAAACACGUUUGCCGCCUUUCUGCCCCUGGCCGCUCAGAGCAUGUACACCAAUCUGGGCUUUCGUUGGGCGAGUACAUUGCUUGCAUUCUUGGCCUUGGUGUUAGCUUUCGCUCCCGUGUGUAUCAUUAUUUGGGGCAGGCAGAUCCGAGCUCGGAGUCCCUUCAUGAAAGACGCCAUGGUGGAAAGAAGCAUUCAGGCCACUACUGUCUAG